AUGAUCCAGCAGGUCAUCAAGUUUGCCAAGGAGAUCCCAGCUUUUCGCUCCUUGGCUAUCGAUGACCAGAUCUCCCUCCUGAAAGGGGCCACCAUGGAAGUCAGUCAGAUACAGUUCAACUCUGUCUUCAACCUGGAGACCAGCCAGUGGGAAUGUGGCAAGAUUAUAUUCAGCAUUGAAGAUGGGGCCUUGUCUGGGUUCCAACGGAUGUUUUUGGAGCCUUUAUUGAAGUUUCACAUCACCUUUCGCAAGCUGAAGCUUCAUGAGCCGGAAUAUGUCUUGAUGCAAGCCCUGGCGCUCUUCUCUCCGGAUCGCCCGGGUGUUAUCGAACACGACUUUAUCGAUGAGAUCCAUGAGAAGACGGCUCUGACGCUGAAAUGCUACAUCGACUAUCACCAUCCCCUGCCAGACAGCAGGUUCCUUUAUGCCAAACUUCUGUCUUUGUUGGCCGAACUUCGCACCCUAAAUGAGGAGAAUGCAAAGCAGAUGAUCCACAUCCAGAACAUCAUGUCUGAUGCCAUGACCCCACUGAUGAAGGAGAUUUUCAGCUGA